AUGUCAAAUCGAGCAUGGUCAAAUCCACCUGCCAUCCCCCGAACAUAUCCUAGCCAACAAUUCUUCUACAAUGCUCGAGGUGCACAACUCAUUGACACCAUUAUCGAGGCAAGGGACGACGCUCCACCGUCCAGUGGUCGUCCCGGAGGGAGAAUCAACGUCGGCAGCGGGUCGACGAACUUGAAAUUCGAAAACAGCGUUUUCCAAACCUAUACCGGCUCGGGUGAAGGCAUCGACUUGAACGCUUUCUUAAUGGAAACCCCGAUUCUCCCCCGAGCACGCAGUACGCAUCUUGAGCUCUCGAACAAGACCCCCGCUCUUGUUUCUAACUCGUUUUUGCAGAGAAUUUUCAAGGCGGUAGUACACCCCGGAGGUUAUGGCCUAUUACGUAAUGAAGCAUGA